AGCGUUUGUCGAUUAUGGAUUUCAUUUAGGAAUAGAUCUUAUUCUGCAUUUCAAAAGCAAAUCAUUCGGAAACGAAUGCUUAAAUUACAUUUAUUAUAUGUAAUAAUUAAACGACAUGAGAGAGAAUAAAAAGAGAAAUAAACGUCAGUAUUGGGUACGAUCAAUAUUUUCAGAAGAAAGAAGAAUAAUGCAGGGAGCGAGCGAUAAUCUGGUUCGCGAAAUGGAAUAUAUAGAUAAAGAAAAAUAUUUCAAUUACUUUCGGAUGUCAUUAGAAACAUUUGAAAGAUUGCUAAGUAUCAUUGAACCAUAUAUUACAAAAGAAACUGUUGUCCAAACACCAAUACCUGCGCGCACUCGUUUGCAAGUAACUUUGCGAUAUUUAGCUUCUGGAAACAGUAUAAUCUCAAUAUCAUAUGCUUUUCGUAUUGCAUUUUAUAAUACUGUUUCCAAAAUUGUCUCCGAAACUUGUGACGCUAUUUGGAAUUCUCUUAAAGACGAAGUAUUUCUACAACCGAGUGCAGUUAAUUGGCAAAACAUCGCAGAACAUUUUGAAAAUAUUUGCCAGUUUAACAACUGUAUUGGAGCUCUUGAUGGAAAUCAUGUUAUCAUACAGGCACCACCAAAUAGUGGUUCUACAUAUUAUAAUUAUAAAGGACAAUACAGCCUCAUUUUUCUUGGAAUAUGUGAUGCUAACAACCGUUUUACUGUUGUGGAUAUUGGCAGUGAAGAAAGACAAUGUGAUAGCACAAUAUUUCAAAAUAGCGAAUUGGGUAAACGAUUCUACGAUGAAUCGCUUCAAUUACCUGCGGCAAAAUGUAUUAGUGCGAAUAGUAAUAUAAAGUUGCCGUAUGUAUUAGUCGCAGAUGAAGCAUUCCUGUUAACUACAUUUAUGAUGAGGCCGUAUCCACGAAAUAAUCUUGACACAAGAAAAAAAGUAUUCAAUUAUAGAUUAAGUCAUGCUAGACGAUCAAUAGAAUGUGCGUUUGGAAUACUCGCUGUUUGAUGAAGGAUAUACGGAAAACCGAUAAUUGCUUCU